CUCUCCGGGGACGCCAUGGCGGUCCGCCCCGCCCCGGCCCUCGCUGCUGGGACAAGGACACUGGAAACAGGGCGGAGCUAUUCCUCGAGUGAAGGUAAACGAGUGACACUGAAAGUCCUAAGAAACUGGGUCGAGGAUCAUCAGCCGAGUGAAGAAGAAAAUGUCCGUGUACCACGACUACGAAUAUUUCCUCGAAAUGGGCACAGCGGGCGAAAGGACGAGGACGUCGAGCAACAACAGCCACCUCAGCUCCUGCAGCAGCGACAGCCGAGCCAGAACGACGAGCCACGGCAGCGACGCCUCAGCCGAGGGCAUUCGCGGCGCAGAAAGCGAGACAAAGAAGAACAAAAAGAAACGCAGCUUCUGGCAACAUCUCCGUUCUCCAACAAUCUAGUCGAACCUUAGAACGAGAAUCUAAUAAUUGUAUUUCUCUCUGUUGUUGUAUGUGUGAUUGAAAGAUUAUACUAAUGGAUGAUGUAUUUUAAAGGUUACUGCAUGUAUGAUUGUCUCCCUAGUUUGUAUAAAACAUAUAAUAAUAUAA